AUUUAAUUUUCCGGAAAUGGCCAUUACGUUAGACUUGACAACCAAAACAUCCUGCUUUGGGUUUCCUGCCGGCCGCUUAUUGGUCGAGCCCUGCUCGAACGAAAAACGUUUUGUAACUUCUACAUUUUGCAAACAACAUUGUUGUUUAGGUCUUCCUUCACGUGGCAUGUAAAGUAUGGCACAUAUUUCUCUACACUGGUUUCGCAAGGGACUCAGACUUCACGACAACCCGGCUUUGACUGCAGCUCUGCGCGACUGCAAGGAGAUCUAUCCUGUGUUCGUGCUGGAGCCCGGUACCCCUAGCAAGGUCCCGGUAAGCGACAAUCGCUGGCGAUUCCUCCUCGGCGCCCUGAGAGACCUGGACAGCAGCCUGAGGAAGCUCAACUCCAGGCUAUAUGUUGUCAGAGGUGAAGCUGAAAAAGUUCUCCCUAAGCUGUUUGAGGAGUGGAAAGUGACACGGUUGACUUACGAAUACAACACAGACCCUCACAACCUCAGUCGAGAUGGGAAGGUGAUCGAGUUGGCUGCAGAGCAUGGAGUACACGUUGUUUACAAAAUCUCCCACACUCUCUACAACACAGACAGAAUAAUUGAAGAAAAUAACGGCAAGGUUCCGCUGACCUUCAACCGCUUGCAGACUGUUGUCAAGAGCAUCGGACCCCCCCAGAGACCAGUCGCUUCCCCCAGGGCGGAGGACAUGAGAGGUGUGAAGACGCCUUGGUCAGAGAAAUGUGACAAGGUAUAUGGGAUCCCCACUCUAGAGGAGCUGGGUGUAGAGCUGCACUCUGGAGGCGAGGAGCUGUUUCCAGGAGGAGAAACAGAGGCUUUACGCAGACUGGAUCAUCACAUGGAGAGAACGAGCUGGGUGUGUGGCUUUGAGAAGCCCCAGACCUCCCCCAACUCCAUGAGCCCCAGCACCACCACUCUCAGCCCCUACGUCAGCCUGGGAUGCCUGUCCGUACGCACCUUCUGGUGGAGGCUGACGGACGUCUAUAAAGGGAGGAAGCACUCCCAGCCUCCAGUCUCUCUCCACGGUCAGCUGUUGUGGAGAGAGUUCUUCUACACGGCCGGGGCUGGAGUCCCCAACUUCUCCAGGAUGAAGGGCAACACUGUGUGCACCCAGGUGGACUGGGACAGCAACCCGGAGUACCUAGCCGCCUGGACGGAGGCUCGCACAGGCUUCCCUUUCAUUGACGCCAUCAUGACCCAGCUGAGGCAGGAAGGGUGGAUCCACCACCUGGCCCGCCACGCUGUUGCCUGCUUCCUCACCAGAGGAGACCUGUGGAUCAGCUGGGAGGAGGGGAUGAGGGUGUUUGAGGAGCUCCUGCUGGAUGGAGACUGGGCUCUGAACGCGGGGAACUGGCUGUGGUUGUCAGCCAGCGCCUUCUUCCAUCAGUACUACAGGGUGUACUCACCUGUCGCCUUCGGCAAGAAAACAGACAAAAACGGGGACUACAUUAAGAAGUACCUCCCCCUGCUGAAGAAGUUCCCGGCCCAGUAUAUCUACGAGCCUUGGAAAGCUCCUCAGAGUGUCCAGCAGCAGGCAGGGUGCAUUGUGGGAAAGGAUUACCCACGGCCAAUCGUGGAACAUGAGGUCAUCAGCAAACUGAACAUUCAAAGAAUGAAGGCUGCCUAUGCCAAAAGAUCUCCAGACCCUGGCCAGACCAAUAAGAGAUCUCCAGACCCUGGCCAGACCAAUAAGAGAUCUCCAGACCCUGGCCAGACCAAUAAGAGAUCUCCAGACCCUGGCCAGACCAAUAAGAGAUCUUCAGACCCUGGCCAGACCAAUAAGAGAUCUUCAGACCCUGGCCAGACCAAUAAGAGAUCUCCAGACCCUGGCCAGACCAAUAAGAGUUCUCCAGACCCUGGCCAGACCAAUGGCAGGAAGUCAGGUGGAAAGCGAAAGGCCUCCGUGUUGGACAUGCUGACCAAGAAGAAGCGUUUGUAAGAUGAAUAUUAUGUUUUUUGUAUCUGUGUUUACUUGUCUGUAUGAUACACAUCCUCUUCCAUUUACCCCACCUGCUACUUGUCUGUCAUUGCGUUGUAGAACAAGGUGGUGGAUUUCUACAUGUAUGUGUUAUUCACACAAAAAUAAACAGGACGCGUCCUUUGUUAUACUGGAAA